CCAAUACAAAGAAAUCCAAUCAAAAGAGAAACAAAACGAGGUAUGUGCAAUCCCUGGUUUAUAUGUUGCGUUCUUUAGAUCUAAUUUUCUGGGGACGGUUAAGAGAUAGGACGGAUGCAAAUUCUGCAAUUCUAUCUCUGAAGUUGAUCUUGGAAAGAUGCCUCACUUAACAACCUCUGUUAUUGGCUAUUAUACUACAGGUAGGUGAUGGAGUCAAAUUUAUCUGAGGAUGAAGCAGUUGAACAGAAUAAUGCAGAAGAUUUCAUCUUGGAGGAAAUUGGGGAUUGUUUGGAUGACCAACAAGGAGAGGCGAGUUUGAUGUUGGAACCUAAAAGGGGAGUGAUGUUCGAUAGUGAGGAUGAUGCUGUUACAUUCUACAAAGGUUAUGCUAAAAAGAAGGGAUUUGGUAUAUUAAGAAGAACAACUAGACAUGAUGAUGACAACAAGCUUAGAUAUUUUACACUUGCUUGUAGCAGACAAGGGAAGGCUCAGUACUCAUCAAAUAACUCAUUUAAACCAAAUCCAUCGACAAGGAUGCAAUGCCCAUGUAAGAUAAAUUUCUCUCGUCGUGGAGAAAAGUUUUGCAUUACUUCUUUUAUACUUGAUCACAAUCAUCCUACAAGUCCUAGCAAAUCCAGAUUUCUGAGGUGUCACAAGAAACUAGACUUAGACGCCAAGAGAAGGUUAGAACUGAAUGAUCAAGCAGGAAUUCGUACGAACAAAAAUUUUGGUUCUCUUGUUAUUCAAGCUGGUGGCUAUGACAAACUUGAAUUUGGUGAAAAGGAGUGCAGAAACUAUUUGCACGAGACAAGAAGAUUGAAGCUUGGUGCUGGAGAUGCACAUGCAGUUUAUCAAUAUUUUCUCCGUAUGCAGUCAAAAGAUCCUAACUUUUUUCAUCUUAUGGAUGUGGCCGAGGAUGGACGACUCAGAAAUGUGUUUUGGGCAGAUGCAAGAAGCAGGGCUGCAUAUGAAUCUUAUUCGGAUGUCAUCACAUUUGACACAACAUACUUAACAAAUAAGUAUAGCAUGCCAUUUGCUCCUUUUGUUGGCGUAAACCAUCACGGAGAAUCAGUUUUGUUAGGUUGCGGUCUUUUGUCGAAUGAAGACACAGAUACUUUUAUUUGGUUAUUCAAUUCUUGGUUAUGUUGUAUGUCAAAUAAAGCACCCAAUGCUAUAAUCACAGACCAGUGCAAAGCAAUGCAGAAUGCUAUUGAAGAAGUUUUCCCUUAUGCUCGUCACAGAUGGUGUAUAUGGCAUAUCAUGAAGAAGAUCCCUGAAAAGCUUAGUGGGUACGAGAAGUAUGAAAAUAUAAAAUAUACCUUGUCAAAUGUGGUGUAUGAUUCCUUGACGAAACAUGCUUUUGAUGAAGGUUGGGUUAAGAUGAUCAACAAAUAUGAUCUUCAGGACAAUGAUUGGCUUGAUGGAUUAUACAGUGAAAGAUAUCGAUGGGCACCGGCAUAUGUGAAAGAUACUUUUUGGGCAGGAAUGUCUUCAACACAAAGGAGUGAGAGUGUGAAUGCUUUCUUUGAUGGCUAUGUCCAUGCCAGAACAACUCUGAAGCAAUUUGUGGAGCAGUAUGAAAAUGCAUUAAGAGACAAGGUAGAGAAAGAAAACAAGGCUGAUUCAAAGUCGGUCCAAGAGGUAAUUCCGUGCAUUACUCACUAUGACUUUGAGAGGCAAUUUCAAGCAGCGUAUACCAAUGCAAAGUUUCAGGAGUUUCAAGAGCAAUUAAGAGGUAAAAUCUAUUGCUAUCCAACUAUGUUGAACAAAGAAGGGUUACUUUAUACAUUUAAAGUCAGAGAGGACCGUAAGAUAUUUUUUGAAGGAGAGGACGGCGAGAUUAAAGAGAAAAGAUUUAUUUCAGAGUUCACUGUCUUGUUCAACAAAGUGGAUUGUAAUAUCCAAUGUCUUUGUAGGCUUUUCGAAUUUCGAGGCAUCUUCUGUAGCCACAUCCUUUCUGUUCUUGCUCUCAUGGAGAUCACAGAAGUACCUUCUAGGUAUAUAUUGCAGCGAUGGAGAAAGGACUUUAAGCGUAAACACACAUUUAUGAAAUGCUCCUAUGAUGAUAUGCUGAAUACACCAGUUAUGCAACGUUAUGAUAGUUUGUGCAAACGUUCCCACCAAGUGGCAGAAAAUGGGGCAGAGUCUGAUGCAUUGCAUAAAUUGGUAAUGGAUGGGCUUAAUCAGUUACAAAUAAAGAUUGAUGCAUACCGUGCUAGCCAUGAAGUCCAGGAUCAGUAUACAACUUCAAAGCCUGAAGAUACAUUGUUCGAGCAGCACACUGAAAAAGUUGUACUCAGCCCGAUCCAUGUGCGUAGUGUAGGCCGUCCUCGUUCAAAGAGAAAAGAGUCCAAAAUUGAUCAAGUUGUAAGAAAAAUGAGAGCAAAGAAGCAGCAGGCAGGAACUAGUACAAAAAAUGUUCCAAGUCAAAAAGGAAGAAAGAAAGGAAGCAAUAAAUCAAAAAAUGGGCAAGAUAGUAAUCUUCAGAGCUCACAACAAUUUGAGGCAAAUACUCACUGUGAAGGACAUGAGGUUGGAGGUGUUUGUUUCAUUCUAAAUGAAUUUCAGGGCAUCCCGCUCCGUGGCAGCUUCGCCCAGCCGGAUUUCGAGCUCAGCGAUACGGCCAUCAGCUCCCAGGUGCUGGGUCUGCAGCUCAUUAUAAGCCUGUGCCUGAGCGUCAUAAAGCUCGUGCCAAAAAAGCAAAAAGGAGCAGGAUUUAGAUUCGGCCUGCUCCGGGAAGCCGGAAAGCGCGGUGCCGGCGGGCAGUCGGAGGCGGGCCAGGUUGGCCGCCCGCCAUGUCUUCAUGGGCCGGCUCCCGGCCCGCCCCCCAACUCCUGGCGCUACAGGGCCAUGUUGGGGAAUGACGAUGGCACCGGCUCCUGGUGCCGGCUCGGCGGCCGGUUCGGGCGCCAUCCCGGCUGGCGCUACCUCCUCCGCGGGAGACGGAUGGGCCGCUUCCGGCGCAUCUAUGGCCGCCCCUGGCGCGUCAGGGGCCGUGUACGGCGCAUCUAG